UGAAGUUGGGGUGCGCGGAGGAUUCUCGCACGGAAGCAUCCGGCACCUGGUACUUGGUGGGGCCCGGGAUGUCCAGCUAUGCUGGCUUCUACCCGCAGUUGCGCUACCAAGUGGGGAACACCUAUGGGCGCACCACCGCCCAGCUGCUCACAGACCCCAGUGUGCAGAAGAGCCCCUGCUCUGUGCUGUCGCCCAUAUCCAAGCCCAAGUUCAUCGAGGACUUUAGCAAGUCCAAGCCACCCCUGAUCCCCUGCCGCGACCUGACAGAGCCCUACAUCCCCCACUACACGGGUCUGAAGCACUACAAGAACUUUGAAAUCCUGGGCCGGUUCUCACCCCAGGAGGUGAACGCCGAGGGGCUGCGGGGGGUAGAGAAUGCAUCCAGGCAGGUCUCACUGCCUGCGGGCUUCAUGCCCUACCCCCCCUACCCCCCGUGCCCACCAGGUAGGAAGGGGGAUUCCAGGGACUUCGGACACCUGGGCCUGCAGCUGGCAUACGGGGAGGGCUGGAAGAGCACCACCCCUGUCCACGAGGGCCCCAAGCAGUACCAGCUAUAUCACUACAGGAGGAACGAGUACCCACCCCCAGCCCACCAGCAGGAGACACUAGAUGUAGGCAGGUUCCACAGGCUGCCCCAGCUGGACCAUCCCAACAUGAUCCAACGCAAGGCCAUCUCAGGUUACGCUGGCUUCAUCCCCCGGUUUGCCUGCAUGAUGGGGCUGAAUUACCGUGAUGGGCUCACACAAGCUAUGGACGAGUUUGACAAGAGCCAGGUACCCACCUGAGUGCCCAGCAUAGUGGGCAGAGGCCCCACCCCACCCGGGCCCUGAGCUAGGCUCCCUGCUGUGCAGCCUGUGGGGAGGGGAGAACGAGACACCCCCUCCCCCACCCUGAGGGACAACUGGCUGCUGCUUGCCUGGUGGAGGCAGCCCAUGUCCGCAUUUCUACAGUUCCUGUUUAGAAACCCCGACUGUACCCAGGGAGCGAGGCUGCCCAGAACACACUGGCCCAACAGAACCAUCUACAACAGCCAGGGCCUGAUACCUUUCUACAUGGGGUUCGUGCCAUGUGAGUGUGCUUAGCAGGCCACUGUGCAGAGGGGUUGGGUGGCUGGGGCCCCUACCCAUGCUGCCCCAUUGGCACAGGGUGCGCUUUAUGUCCCCAGUACCCUCUUCCCCAGUGUGGAAAGGGCCGAGGAUCCCUGAACCAAAGCCGCCUCCAACUCCGCCAGCCCUCUGGAGGUUUAGUGUGGACAGGCUAGGCAGGCCUUUGAUGGCAGGUGCCCAGGGCAGCCCCAAGCUCCUGGAAGCCUGUGCCCAGCAGCCACUGCACACGGCAGGGCCAGGAGCU